AUGGUAACUAUCUGCUUUUCAAUAACCUCACUGGGAAAUAAUUAUAACGGACCGGGGAUGGAAAAGACAAUAGGAUACCGAGACUGGAGAUGGCUUGUGCUUUGGUGGCAUCAUUUCUUUCUCUUGUGGAGUACAAUUAAUGCACAGACUCGUUACAGCAUCCCAGAGGAACUGAAACAGGGCUCUGUGGUAGGAAAUCUAGCCAAAGAUCUUGGUUUGGGACUAUCUGACAUUUUUGACCGUAAGCUGCGUGUCGCCUCUGAGGCUGGUAAGCAGUAUUUCAGUGUGGAUGCGGGGAAGGGCGAGCUGGUGGUGAACGACAGGAUAGACAGAGAAGCUCUAUGUGGACAAAGCGCCAGCUGUGUGUUGACUUUGCAAGUGGUCGUUGAUAAACCGUUACAAUUGCACCGAGUUGAGGUGGAAAUACAAGAUAUCAAUGAUAAUUCUCCAAGAUUCCCAUCGCAAGAUAUAACAUUACAAGUAGCAGAGUCGACAGCCACAGGCGCACGUUUUCCUCUGGAGACCGCACAAGAUCUUGACGUUGGAGUGAAUUCAGUGAGGUCGUAUACCAUAAGUAAAGAUGACUUUUUUAGUUUAAAGAUUAAAGAUGUAUCCGGUGGGAGGAAAGUCCCAGAGCUCGUCCUGUCUAAAUCUCUCGACAGGGAGAAAAAGGCUAGACAUCAGCUUCAACUAACAGCUAUAGACGGGGGAAACCCAGUGAAAUCUGGGACCUCUCUGAUAACCAUAAAUGUGCUAGAUAUCAAUGAUCAUUUUCCUGUUUUUGACAAUAAUAUUUACAAAGUUCCCAUAAGCGAAAAUAGUAUACAUGGUGCAUCCAUCCUUAAACUGACAGCAAAAGAUAUUGACGAAGGUCCUAAUGGAGAAAUAGAGUACUCAUUUGGAGCUCACACACCAGAUACUGUCCUAUCUGUGUUUGAUAUUGAUUCGUUAACCGGGGAAAUACAUCUUAUCGGGGAAUUAGAUUAUGAAACAAAUGCAAAUUAUGAAAUAGACAUUAGCGCAAGAGACAAAGGGACUCCGCGAAUGGAGGGGCAUUGCACUGUUCAUAUCGAAGUGUUGGAUGUUAACGAUAAUGCUCCACAUAUAUUUAUGACCUCCCAACCAAACUCUGUGCCUGAGGACGCACCAAGUGGUACUGUAGUAGCUUUAAUAAGUGCCCGAGACCUUGACUCCGGUGACAACGGUAAAGUGACAUUACAGCUGCCCAAGAGUUCUCCUUUUAAUCUGAAACCGUCUUUUUCUGAUAAUUACGCGCUGGUUACCGGUACUGCUUUGGACCGAGAGAGUUUUUCAGAGUAUAAUAUUGUGAUCACAGCCACUGAUUCAGGCUCUCCUCCUCUGUCAACUAAGAAGACUAUAAAUGUCAAUAUUACUGAUGUGAACGACAACCCACCAGUAUUCACUCAGCCCUCCUUUAAUGUGUAUUUAAAAGAGAAUGGGGUACCAGGCUCUAUACUGUACUCAGUAUCAGCAUCUGACCUGGAUUUUGGUGAAAACGCCAAAAUCUCUUACUCCAUCUUGGACUCUAAAGUGCAGGACGUCUCUGUCUCAUCUUAUGUUUACAUUAACUCAGAUAACGGCAGCAUCUACAGCAUGCACUCGUUUGACUAUGAGAAGCUGAAGGUGUUUCAGAUUCAGGUUCAGGCAAAGGAUCAGGGCUCUCCGUCUCUCAGCAGCAACGCCACCGUCCAUGUUUUUAUCCUGGACCAGAACGACAACGCCCCCUCUGUUAUUUACCCCUCCUCCGCUGCCCUGGGCUCCCUCUCUCAUCAGAGGAUGCCCCGCUCCGCUAAAGCGGGUCACCUGGUCACUAAGGUGACGGCCGUGGACGCUGACUCGGGCCAUAACGCCUGGGUCUCCUACAAACUGGCGGAGGCCACGGACGCCUCUCUGUUCACUGUCAAUAUGUACACAGGGGAGGUGAGGACUAAACGCGCUGUGUCCGAGCAGGACGACUCCUCUCAGAGGCUGCUUAUAGAGAUCAAGGACGACGGGGAACCGGUCCAGUCCGCCACCGUCACGGUGUCCAUUCUGCUGGAGGACGGCCUCCAUGAGCCCAUCUUAGACCUCCGACAGAAAGUGGCCGAGCCCAGCAAGAAAACUGGGAGAAUCACCCUUUAUUUGAUUCUCUCUCUGGCCUCGGUGUCCGUGCUGUCUCUGGUGACUUUUCUCAUCUUAACGGUGAAAUGCAUGAGGAACAGCAGAAGCAGCGGUAGUUGCUGCAUGACACGGACCGACUGUGAUGAUUACAAGAACCCCAACAGAAACCUGCAGAUUCAGCUCAACACUGAUGGACCUAUAAAGUACGUGGAGGUCCUGGGAGGAGACAUGAUGUCUCAGAGUCAGUCCUUCAGGUCCUGUAUGUCUCCAAUGUCAGAGUACAGUGAUUUCACAUUGAUUAAACCCAGCAGCACCACUGACUUUAAGGAGGUGAUCAGUGUUCUGGAUGCGUCUCUACCCGACAGCACCUGGACCUUUGAGAGCCAGCAGGUGAGCAGAGAACAGUAUUCUAACGGACCGGGGAUGACAAAGAGAAUUGGAUACCGAGACUGGAGAUGGCUUGCGCUUUGGUGGCAUCAUUUCUUUCUCUUGUGGAGUACAAUACACGGGCAGACUCGUUACAGCAUCCCGGAGGAACUCAAACAGGGCUCUGUGGUAGGAAAUCUAGCCAAAGAUCUUGGUUUUGGACUUUCAGACAUUUUUGACCGUAAGCUGCGUGUCGACUCGGAGGCUGGUAAGCAGUAUUUCAGUGUGGAUGCGGGGAAGGGCGAGCUGGUGGUGAACGACAGGAUAGACAGAGAGACGCUAUGCGCACAAAGCGCCAGCUGUGUUUUGCCUUUACAGGUUGUAACAGAGAAUCCGCUACAGCUACACCGGAUAGAGGUGGAAAUAAGGGACUUAAAUGACAAUUCUCCGAUUUUUUUAACAGAGGAGCGUUUUUUAAAGAUAGCAGAAUCUACUGCCACGGGCAUACGCUUCCCUUUGGAAACAGCACAGGAUCUGGACGUUGGUAGUAAUUCGGUAAAGUCUUACACUCUAAGUAAAGAUGAGUGUUUUGGUUUGAGGAUUAAAGAGUUGUCUGGUAAUCGAAAGGUUCCGGAACUAGUACUAGAGAAAUCACUUGAUAGAGAGAAACAAAGUGUCCAUCAGUUAUUACUGACAGCUCUAGACGGAGGCAAUCCUGUCAAAACUGGAACCACAAAAAUCCUAGUGACAGUCCUCGACAUCAACGACAAUGUCCCUGUUUUUAAAAAGCCAUUGUAUAAUGUAACUGCACAUGAAAAUAAUAUAGCUGGUUCUUUACUGCUAAAAGUUGAAGCAACUGACGCAGACGAGGGUGUUAAUGGAGAGAUUGAAUACGCAUUUGCUGAGCAUACACCUCAAUCGCUGUUAUCUAUCUUUCAGUUGGAUUCAUCUACAGGUGAACUUUCCUUGGUAGGUCAGUUAGAUUAUGAGAGCAAUGCCAUGCAUGAAAUAGAUAUCACUGCAAAAGACAAAGGCGUCCCUGAGAUGGAGGGCCACUGUCGUGUGCAAGUAAUAGUAAUAGACAUUAAUGAUAAUGCCCCAGAAAUAGUUCUAACGUCAAAACCAAACACAAUACGCGAGGACGCACCAAGAGGCACGGUAGUUGCUUUAAUCAGAGCACGAGACCUUGACUCCGGUGAUAACGCAAAAGUGGCGUUAAAACUCCCAAAAAGUUCUCCCUUUAGUUUGAAACCAUCAUUUUCUAAUAAUUACGCACUGGUAACCAGUGGUUUAUUAGACCGAGAGAGAUUCUCAGACUAUAAUAUUGAGAUCACAGCCACUGAUUCAGGCUCUCCUCCUCUAUCCAGUAAGAAAACGAUACCUGUCAGCAUCACUGACGUGAACGACAACCCCCCUAUAUUCACUCAGCCCUCCUAUAAUGUGUAUUUAAAAGAGAAUGGGGUACCAGGCUCUAUACUGUACUCAGUAUCAGCAUCUGACCUGGAUUUUGGUGAAAACGCCAAAAUCUCUUACUCCAUCUUGGACUCUAAAGUGCAGGACGUCUCUGUCUCAUCUUAUGUUUACAUUAACUCAGAUAACGGCAGCAUCUACAGCAUGCACUCGUUUGACUAUGAGAAGCUGAAGGUGUUUCAGAUUCAGGUUCAGGCAAAGGAUCAGGGCUCUCCGUCUCUCAGCAGCAACGCCACCGUCCAUGUUUUUAUCCUGGACCAGAACGACAACGCCCCCUCUGUUAUUUACCCCUCCUCCGCUGCCCUGGGCUCCCUCUCUCAUCAGAGGAUGCCCCGCUCCGCUAAAGCGGGUCACCUGGUCACUAAGGUGACGGCCGUGGACGCUGACUCGGGCCAUAACGCCUGGGUCUCCUACAAACUGGCGGAGGCCACGGACGCCUCUCUGUUCACUGUCAAUAUGUACACAGGGGAGGUGAGGACUAAACGCGCUGUGUCCGAGCAGGACGACUCCUCUCAGAGGCUGCUUAUAGAGAUCAAGGACGACGGGGAACCGCUCCAGUCCGCCACCGUCACGGUGUCCAUUCUGCUGGAGGACGGCCUCCAUGAGCCCAUCUUAGACCUCCGACAGAAAGUGGCCGAGCCCAGCAGGAAAACUGGGAGAAUCACCCUUUAUUUGAUUCUCUCUCUGGCCUCGGUGUCCGUGCUGUCUCUGGUGACUUUUCUCAUCUUAACGGUGAAAUGCAUGAGGAACAGCAGAAGCAGCGGUAGUUACUGCAUGACACGGACCGACUGUGAUGAUUACAAGAACCCCAACAGAAACCUGCAGAUUCAGCUCAACACUGAUGGACCUAUAAAGUACGUGGAGGUCCUGGGAGGAGACAUGAUGUCUCAGAGUCAGUCCUUCAGGUCCUGUAUGUCUCCAAUGUCAGAGUACAGUGAUUUCACAUUGAUUAAACCCAGCAGCACCACUGACUUUAAGGAGGUGAUCAGUGUUCUGGAUGCGUCUCUACCCGACAGCACCUGGACCUUUGAGAGCCAGCAGGUGAGCAGAAAGUAA